CCCCCCGCGCCCCCCUCCUCCCUCCUCCCCCCUCGGCUUCAAAACAAACCGUCACCAAAAUGGUGCAGAGGUGAAGGAGGGAGCGGGAGGAAGGGGAAGAGGUGGUGGCUCGGCCUGGGCGCUGCGAGGACAGGUGAGUUGGAUUGAGGAGCGGUGGCUGCAGCUCAUCCCUGGCAGGAGCAGAAGAUGCAGGAGGCUGCGUAGCAGGUUUGUGAGCAGCUGCUGAGUUCUCAGCCCCGCCGGGUCUGGCUGCGCACGACGGUACCAUGAACUGAGCACCGAGCCACGCAAAACUUUUUUUUUUUGUUUUGGCUUUUUUGGGUUUGUUUUCCAUCCGAGAAAAAAGCCCCCCACGCUCUUUAAUGAAAGCAUUUUAAAGCGGGGUUAGCUCUCCCUCCCCUGAGCCGAAGUCGUCCCGGGUGCGGAGAGGAUUUCCGGAGAAGAUGGGGAGAAAAAAGAUCCAGAUCCAGCGGAUCACGGAUGAGCGCAAUCGGCAGGUGACCUUCACCAAGCGCAAGUUCGGCUUGAUGAAGAAAGCCUACGAGCUGAGUGUCCUGUGCGACUGUGAGAUCGCCCUCAUCAUCUUCAACCACUCCAACAAGCUGUUCCAGUAUGCCAGCACCGACAUGGACAAGGUGCUGCUCAAGUACACCGAGUACAACGAGCCCCAUGAGAGCAGGACCAACGCAGACAUCAUCGAGACGUUAAGAAAGAAAGGUUUUAACGGCUGUGACAGCCCAGAGCCCGACGGUGACGACUCCAUAGACCAGAGCCCCUUGAUGGAGGAUAAAUACCGCAAAGGCAGCGAGGAUCUGGAUAUCCUGUUCAAGCGAUACGGUUCCACAGUGCCCGCUCCGAACUUCGCCAUGCCCGUGACGGUGCCGGUGAGCAACCAAAACACGCUGCAGUUCAGCAACCCAGGCAGCUCCCUGGUGACCCAGUCCCUGGUGACCUCCUCGCUGACAGACCCCCGGCUCCUGUCACCGCAGCAGCCAGCACUGCAGAGGAACACGGUGUCCCCAGGGCUGCCACAGCGGCCAGCCAGUGCAGGGGCGAUGCUUGGGGGAGACCUGAACAACACGAACGGAGCCUGCCCGAGCCCCGUGGGAAACGGCUACGUGAGUGCCAGAGCCUCUCCAGGUCUCCUUCCCGUGUCCAACGGCAGCAGCCUGGGCAAGAUCAUCCCGGCCAAGUCGCCGCCGCCGCCCUCGCACGGCACGCAGCUCGCCGCCAACAGCCGCAAGCCGGACCUGCGAGUGAUCACCUCGCAGAGCGGGAAGGGGCUGAUGCAUCAUCUGACCGAGGACCACUUGGCUCUGCAAAACACACAGCGGUUGGGUGUCUCUCAAGCAACUCACUCCCUGACCACACCAGUUGUUUCCGUGGCAACUCCGAGCUUGCUGACACAGGGGCUGCCCUUCUCAGCCAUGCCCACGGCGUACAACACAGAUUAUCAGCUGACAAGCGCUGAGCUGUCCUCGCUGCCAGCAUUCAGCUCACCUGGAGGGCUGUCCCUUGGCAACAUCUCUGCCUGGCAGCAGCAGCAGCAGCAACAACAGCAGCAGCAGCAGCAGCAGCAACAGCAGCAGCAGCAGCAGCAGCAACAACAGCAACAGCAGCAGCAGCCACAGCAGCAGCCGCAGCAGCAGCACCUGGUCCCAGUGUCACUAGGAAACUUAAUACAAGGGAGUCACUUGUCCCACACCACCACUUUGACUGUCAACACCAACCCCAACAUCAGCAUCAAGUCGGAGCCCGUCUCGCCCAACCGGGAGAGGAACACUGCCACCCCGCUCAGCACCUUCCCCCACCAGCCCCGGCACGAGCCCACCGGCCGCUCGCCCGUCGACAGCCUCAGCAGCAACACCAGCUCGUACGAGGGCAGCAGCGAGCGGGACGAUCCCGCCCGCCCCGAUUUCGGCUCGUCCCUGGGGCUCCUGCGGCCCAGCAGCGAGCCCGAGGGGGAGAGCCCGUCGGUGAAGCGCAUGCGGUUGGAUACCUGGGUCACAUAACGGGCCCCGCCGCCCCGGGAGCUCCAGCAGGGCCACAGAGAGGGGCUGGGAGGGGCGGGGGGCUGGGGUGAAACGGGUGAUGGGGAUGGGCUGGGGUGGGGGGAAAUUAUCGUAAACUGCCUGAGAAAUAGCUUUAGGAUUUUGUAGGCAUUCAUUCUAGCGCAGCAGGCGAUGCAUGCAGUACAUACGGCGCUCCUCGGCCGCGGGCUCGGGAACGGCCGGGCGUGCGGGAAGGGGGGACAGGGACGGAAUCUCCGUGUCCUCACCAAAACCAGCAGCCCCUGGCGAUGCUCCCCCGCGGGCGGGCGGGCCGGGCACUCGGUGCCCACCGGCUGGUGAGACCCCUGGGAAGCGGGACCGUAUCCCUAAGGCAGAGCGCCUGCGGCAGGACGGGCUCCGGGGGGACACGGGGCGCAGAGCACCCCCAAAAUGCACCUUCCUGGCCAUUCCUGGGUCCAUGGGCAGGGAGGGGCAGUGCAGGCACGACCCAGCUCUCUGGAAGCUCAAAGGGCUUCGGUAGACACAGGUUUUCCUCCAGAAGGGUUUUCCUACCCCGGUUUUCCUGAACCGGCUGGGAAGGGAGCGGAGGUCGGCUUGGAGAGCCCAGCUUUGAUAUGAAACAGGAUGCAGCCACAUCCACAGCCUGCUUGAGGCUCCUGCAAUCCUGGAAAGCUGCAUCAGGGGAGUAAGAGGCAGAUUUUUAAGGCUUAAUCCCGUUUGCAUGAGAAGUGGGUGCAGACAGCAUCCUUUCUACCAGAGCAGGGAACUUCACUGUUUCUGAGCAGGGUCAUUGGAACACUGGAGUUCCCAUUUCCCAGGAGUGCCUCACCUCCACCUGGGCACAGCAGGGCUGUGGAGAGGGGGAUGUGUUAGAGCAAAUUAGGGAUUUCAGCAAACAACAUCCAUAAAAGCAUUUUAGAAAUGUGUUCCCAUUGCACAUGGGAAAGCUUUAAAUCAGGAAAAUGGGAAGAAACGGUUUUUUUACUGAAAGAUGCAACUGAAGUAAUGAUCCUAAUGAGAUUUUGCCUGAAGGUUUCUAGGCCUCAAAAGGCAAUGGUGAGCUGUGCAGAAAAUCUGCUUGAGACUUGAGCAGUGAUUUAGUGGAAGGAAAAAGGGAAAACCGAGGAAUUUCCAAAAAGGAAUUUCCUCAUGUUGCCACUUGCUCUGGCAGUUUCCCAGGGAUGGGUGUCAGUGCCCUGAUCCCAAAAUGCAUCAGCCUGCUCACAGCUGGAGGGUCUGGAGGAGAAGAGACCGUUCCUGGCUGGUGUAGCCAUUAGGGAUGAGCUUUGUCCCUGCAGGCGCUCUCCUCAGGGAUGCCAGUCCCCCAUCCCCCUCCCAGCCUGCUGCCCUGUCACCCUGUGCAGGGACACCCCAGCCCCACUCACCCCUGGGCUCAAACUGGCACAAAACCUGCCCGGAUGCCACCUUUGCCAGCCUUUGGCAGCUGGAGCCUGGCCAGCCUUGGGGGGCUGUGGAGGAGCUGGAGCUGCCUGGGGUUCAGCUCUACCCUGAGACAGAGCAAAGGGAGAGGAGCUGAGUCGUGGUGGGCUUUCUUCCCCUCCUGGAUCUCUCUGCCAGGUGUCAGGAGCCAGCUCCACCUUGGAAUGAGGCAGAUGGCAUACAAAUGUCCCAGGAUGAGGGCAACCCAGAAACAAAUUUAUGGGGUUUUAUAAACUUCUUCCAACCCAGCAUGUAUCACAAAGUUCCUAAUUGGAAAAACAAGACAAAAAAAGCUGAUGAUUAUUGUGAAAUGAAUAAGGCGGCCUAAAGGGAGUGGUUGGAGGAGGAGAGGAAAUCCUCCAGCAACUGGGUGAAAAUCAGUAGCUGUUUGUGUGUGGAGACCUGGUGAAGGGGUCGGGGUGGUGGAUUCUCAACGGUGCUGCCGUUCUGGGUACCCGCUCCUCACCACCAUCCCUGCUGUGGACUGAGGCACGAGAAAUGUGCCAGAUAAAAUCCACCCUUCAGACCUGGAAAUACCAAAUUGCUGCCACAGAGGCUUUUCCAAAUGAUGGUUUUAUUCUUUCUCAGUGAUAAAUUUGGAAUUCCCUCUCCUGUUCCCGUGCUCCAGAAAGGCCUUGGGUAGGGGAGGGGUGCUGGAAGGGACCCCGGGCAGGUUUUGUGCAGUUGAACGCCCCCGUCUCCCCGAGCCCAGCCCGGUGGGUGCCACCGUGUGCCAGGGACACGCUCAGCUCUCACCUCCAGAACGCUGGCUGCGGCAGAAGUGGAUCUCCUUCCCUCCCUCCAUCUCUGGCAGUCCUUUGGGAAGCAGGAGAGAUGCUGCGGACCAUGGUCUUCCUCGCCCACGCCCCGACCCGGCGGUGCCGGAUGUACCGGACGCGCACCCGAGCUCUUUGCACGGCCUUGCUUUGGAAAUUAGGCGGGAUAAUGACGUCUCAUCGCUCUCGUUUUCUAUUUUAUUUUAUUUUGUCUUCACAAAACCGACUCAACCCAAGGAAGCGGGGUCUGCCCCCCCAGCAGAGCGCCUUGCUCCAGAGACCCCAGCGAGGAGGCGGCGGCCGAGCCCCCCCGGCACUCGACGCCGUCGGUGCAGAGCAACCGCGAGGGGGGGGAAAAAAACCAAAAAAACCAAUUUUGCUCAUUAACUUCAUGCCCUGACUCCCGAAUUCACACUUCUGCCUGGAAGCUGAGAGCCUGGAAAACACAAAAUCCAAGCCAAAAACGCUCUGGGUUCCGUAGACGCGGGUUGAGGUGUGCCCGUGCCGGAGCGGAUCUGCGGCUGCGGGACUCGGCGAUCCCUGGGCUGGUGCCACGGGCAAGUACGGCUCGUGGGGAGGCGGGGAUGGAUGCCCUGGGUCGGCUUCACGUCGCAGUCAAAGGGGUUUGGGGGCUGUUUGUCGGGGUCUUUAUUUUGUUGGGGGCUUGGGGUUAUUUUAUUAUUAUAUUCUAUUUUUUUUUUUUUGUCCGGGUCAUUAUCCUUUAUUUCCCCCCAGACUGUAGUAUCUGGUAAACUCCUCCUAAUUUUCAAAAGACAACGAGAAGAAUGACAAUCUAAGAAACCAACACCCUCCUUUGUGCUUCUAUAAAUAUGUUUCUGAUCUAAUUUUAUUUCUCGUGCUCAUCUGUACUGUUGACAGUUACAAUUGUGUAUAAUUUUUUUUUUUUUUAAUUUGGAAUUUUUGCGUUGUAUAGGGUUUAGUUUUAAAAUAUAUAUAUAUUUUCCAUUUUUUAAAAAGGGGUGUUGCAAAAAAAAAUUGCACGAUUUAAAUGACAAUAGUUAAAAAUGCUGCAGUUUUUAGAGAUGUGGAAGCAAAAUGGAGCUUAUUUAUUCUCAAAGGCUAUAAAGGUGUAAAAUGCAUGAAGAAAAAAAACAUUUACAAAAAAAAAAAAAAAAAAGACAAAAAAAGUGUAACCUGAACAAAGUGUAGCGUUAAAAGAUUUUAAAGGAUGACAACAACAAGAAAAAAAGAAAAAAACCAACAAAAAAACAGCUAAUAUAUUGUGUUUGGGCUAGUUUGCUUUCGUUUUUAAUUGUUCCUUUUUUGGAGAAUGAAAUACAUUUGUGUAUAUUUUCAUAUAAGAAGUAUGCACUGAGAUGUUUCCAAACUGAUAUAUUCCUUUCUAAACGUGUGGUUACUUACCAAAGUCUGUUUCUGAUCUUUACCUUCUGAACUCUCUGUGGAUCCUCCAGCCCGCAGCCGAGCACAGGUAAGCCGGGGUGGGGGCAGCGGCAUCGCCCCCUCCCCUCCCGCGCGGUGCUGGGGCUGGGGGCUGGCAGCUGGGGGGGCUGAGACCCCCGGCCCGGGAAGGCUGGUCUUUCCCAGGGCUCGGCAGAGCUGGUUUUGGGGUGUUUGUGCCGGGAUGGCCGAGGUUCAGUGCGCAGAGGAGGAGGAGGAGGAGGGAAGGAAGGAGGUCACAGGGAGUGGCUCAGGUGACCCUGCUGCCGGCAGCUGUAGGAGCAAGGAUGGGGUGGGAAGUCACCUGCCCACCCCUGCGGGAGAUUUGGGAGUGGAGCAGGACCCUAAACGAUGGGUGGAACCUUGGGAAGGGUGGGCGAGGCGCGGUGAGGAUGGUGAUGGAUCGAUGAGGAUCAGCUCUGUGGGCUGUGAUAGCUGGAAUCAGGUGGUCAGCAAGGGGACAGGGUGACUCCCUGCUCUGGGGGUUGUUUUGGGGGGUGGCAGAGAGCCUGGCUCUGCUGAAUGUUUGGAUGAGGGGUUGGUGCUGGUGGGAGCCUGGAGGGGGCUGUGCUUGUGUGAGGGGCAGCCGAGCCCCCACAGGGGUCUGGCUCUUGCAGGGAGUCUCGGGGUCCCUGGGGUUUGUUGCUGUCGUGUGUUUGAGGCCACUGCCAGGGUUGGGGUCUGAGGGCAAUGGAAGGGUUAAAUCCAGAGCUGCUGGCAACAGGCCACGUGUGGGCCUGGGGGAAAGCAGGAUGAAGAGGAUGAGUAUGUUUCUUUUUCCGUCCCCCCUUUUCACUUCCCUCUUCCUCUCCAGAAUAAUUUCAGCAAACCGAGGAAAAAGCAAAUUUACAAAAACCCUCACCUUUUCCUUGAAAAUUUCACCUCCUACACUUUUUCCUCCCCUUGUGUUGCUUGGUUGGGGGACUCCCCCCGUCACUUUGGGUGUGAAUUGGGAUGUUUGUCACCAGUUCUGGGGAAAAGGCUGUGAGCUGCUUCUGCCAGCCCAGGAGGGGGGCUCGGUGCUCUGGGGGUCCCCUCCACCCUCCCAGGGAGAGCAUCCCUCAGCUGGGGAAGGAGCAUCUUCCCAGCCACUCCUUAGCUCUGCUAUCCUGUGUGCCACAUCCUGCCUCCCAUCCCUCCAGCUGAGGGCACAAUUUGGGGAUGUUUGGGAGAUUUUCACCACCCAAAGUGGUGAAAAUUCAUCCCCAUCCACCUCUCCCCGGUUUGGGAGAGUCUGUAACAGUGGGCUUCAGGUGAAGGUUUGCUCUGGUUUCCCUUUCCCAUGUUGAUCCUUUUAUUCCACCUUCCUCUCUCACUUCACUUUAUUUUUUUUUCCCCUCUUUUCCUUCUUCUGUUCUUUUUCCACAAAAAAACCCAACCAGACCCAUAAAUCAAGUGUUAUGUUUUCACUACCUCCAUUCAUCACCCUUCCUUGUCCAGUGCAGGAAGCCACACUCGGGAUGUAAGAGGGCCUUUCCCCCUUUAUUUUUCCCUUUCCCCUGGUGAUUUUAUCUCCCUCCUGUCCCUCUGCCCCUCCUCUCUCUGGUCUCUCACCUGUAGUAUUUUACCUGGCUACUGUAACUGUAAAUAGCGAGUUUCAAUCUGUUAGCAAUGGUAACAGUACAGAAAACUGGGUUUGGGUUUUUGUUUUUUUGGUUUUUUUUUUUGUUGUAUUGAUAUGAAAUGAGAUUAUAUUUUUGUCAGAGUAUAUUGUAAUAAUACUGACUUUGGACAUGGCCGAGUUGUACAGCAAUUUCUUGUUUAACCCUCCUGGCUCUGCCCGUGCACCCCUUCCCCGGCCUCGCUGCUCCCCAGCUUUCCAUGUCCCAGCCCCUGCCGGGCUCCGGGGCUUCGUCCCGGGGCUGCUUUUCCACAGGGUUCCCAACACGCCGGCGUGUCCCCCGUGGCUCCGGGGAGGUUCCAGCAGCAAGGGGAGUCUUGCCGUGGAAAUGGGGAGUCCCAUUGUGGGGGGCUCCGGGGGUCUCCGCUCCGGGCAGCGGUCGGGGCUGUUCCAGCUCCUCUCUUCUCCCCAGCGGGGACAAAGCCCGGCCGCUCCCCGCUGUCCUCCUGCCCAGCUCCGUUCUCUGGAGCUGUUCGGAGCGAGCUUUGCUUAAGCCAGAAGAGGGUGGUGUGGCUCAGGCUGCGCCAGGAGCGGCUCCAGACAGGCUGGGAAGGUUUUCCGGGAGCCGAGGGUUCCUCAGGAUGGGGAUGAGCGGCUGCUGCCUCCCCCCGGUCCCCCGCAUCCACCGCAGCGCUGAGCUGGGGGACGCUGGUAGGGAUUUCUUGGCUUCAGAUGGGUUUUCAGAGCGAUAUUGUCAUGCUGGUGCCACUGAGAUGUAGGGACUGGGCCAGCUCCUCACUUUCCGGAGCUGGAGGAACAUUCUCUCCCCAGGGAAACUCUGGUCAGACCGUGCUGGGAUGUCCCCGUGGCAUCUCCAAGGCCGAGGGGUGCAGCAGCCCACCUUGGGCCGUGACUCCCCUCCUCCCCACGGCUCUUUCCAAGCAUUUGCAGGCAAAUCAGAUGCUGAAGAGGUGGGGACCAUCGUGGCCGAGCUGCUGCUCCCGCUUCCUUUCCCCCACGGCCUCGGGCAGGGUCCUCGUUCUCCCCAUCCCCUUUGCUCCCCUGGCUCCCCGUAGCUCAGUUAAGCAGGUAGGUGUUAGCGAACUCUGGGGUAUCUGCAAAAACCUUUGUAAAAUAGAAUAGACCCUUUAAACGAUGCACUAAAAGGGGAAAAAAUAAAAAUCAUAAAUGCCCCCCCGCCCCCGUCAGCUUCUCUGUGUGAUGGUUCGUUGGAUGUCCCCGCUCAGCCCGUCUGUACCGGCACAGGCAGCUCUGCAUCCUCCCCCCAGGGUGCUGCACAGGUAGAAACAAAACAGGACGUGCACUUCCCCCGAGGAGUUUUAUUUAUUGUUUUGAGAAGCAAUUUAAAAGGGAGAAAAAAAAAAAAAAAAAAA